GCCGACCCAGCUGAGAAGCCAAACAACAAGGAUGGUCGACCGAAGAAGGUCAAGCCAGAUGUUGACAGCAGCGCUGGCAAUCGCAAAAGGAGCAAGGGGGCAGCGAAUGCUGCUGAGAACGAGCCAGAUAAGCCCAAGGCCAAGCAGACCAAGGCCAUGACGGAAGCGAAAACCUCGGAAGCCCCGAGCACCAGAGUCAGUCAGAAGCGCAAGGCUGAUGCGAGCACGGGCGCAGAUUUGCAGAUCAAGCGCCAGGGUGCCAAGCAUGAUGAGAAGGACUUCCCCCGGUACAGGCCAUGCAAGGAUAGCUGGAUGCAGCGACUUUGGGAUGGAUCAGUGCUGGCCUUCAAAGACAUCAUCACCCCGCAGAUGGCACCCGGCCAGAAAACCAAGCUCGAGGCUAUUUAG